CCAAAAUGGCGGCCCCACGGUCGGCUUUAACAAUUCAGGACGUGGUAAUUCCGUGUCGUCGCACGCAAGUGACGUACCAGGCAAAGCACGUUUAUAGCACAUGAAUGAACUCACAAACAUUGCUUUUCAUAUAAAAAGCGAACAUGGCAAAGAACAAACAGAAAGGGAAAAAACAGAAGAACGUCUUUCAAGUGGCCAACAGGCGUUUGAAGAUGAAGAACAAAGCUAAACCUGUCACAACAACUCUUAAAAAUAUCAAUGCAGUGAAAAAUGAGAAGGUGGAGAACCUAAACCAGAUAUUUACAGAGGUCCAGAGGGAUGUGAAGAGCAUUUCCAAGGCUGUUGCUCCUCAAACAAAGAAACAAACACAGGUUCCCAAAGAGCCGCCAAAGGAACCGGUAAAUGUUGACAAUGCUGCUCAGCUCUUCUCUCAGCUUUAAUGGAUUUAUACUGAUGACCGAUUCAGUUUUCUUCCAAUGGAUCCCAGCAAUAAAUGUCAAAAUGAGGACUGCACAUAUUCCUUUAGCAUAGACAUGUUAAAACCUUGGCUGCAGCUAUAGAAGUUUAUAUAUUCGCAGUACAAAAGAAGAUUGUCGACGAUUAAUCUAUUUUUCUGCUCUUGAUUCUUCAUUUUUCAGUGUUUGCACAGAUUAAAAAACAAAAAAAGAAAUUUAAUAGAUUGGAGUGAUGUCUUCGAAUCUAACACCACCUCAUAUUUUGCAUACUGUUUUAAAAAUAAUCAGUUUGAGUCUUUGUCCUUCUGAAUCCACAGUAAAUGUUUCUGUUUUUAUCAAACCAAGUGGACCUUCAGUCCCUGUCAGAAGUUUACAUUCACACAUCUUUGACAUGCAUGUUUUCAUUAAAUUUAGCUUUUGGUGAUUUA